GAGAUUGAAAUGAAUGGCAAUAUUUACAGAGGCAGUCAACAGUAGUCAACAGCAGGACCCUUCGUCUUCUUCUUCUUCUGCUGCUGCUUUCUUCUUCUCCCUCUUUUUCCCCUUUUUUUGAAGGCACACUAACUUAGUAGGCGCCGAGACCUUGCAGCAGCAGCAGCAACUGGCGCAGCAGCUGUGGCAGGAGCUCACAAUCAAUCAAUGUCGCUUCAUCUGCUCUUUACUGCCACCCUCUCCACUUCGCUGGUACUUCCCAGCAGCUUGCCUAUCCUUUCCAUGUUCUCUCUCCUAACGCAUUCGCUACUGUCUAUGUAUUUGCAUAACCAGUCGGAGCUUGUAGCAGUGUGGGAUGGGUUUCUUAGCCAAAGCUUGAACCUCCAGGGACCUUAGCCGGGGAGGGUCUCGUUGCUGCUACAGGGAGCCUGGUUGGUGGUGAUGAUGGUUAUGUCGACAAUGACGAGCGUUUGGAGGCUGUGAAUGGAGUUUGCGGUGGUUGGUGCUGCGACGUACUCAGUGGUUGACGUCUGCUGUCGAGUUUUUAGCUCGAGGCAAGCCCUGGGAUUACUGUAAGGAGCUGGAGUGGAGAGCGUUGUGUUGAACUUCCGAUCGUGGGGAUAGUGACAGAGUGUGCAGACCGCGUAGAGAGGACUUGAGUAUACUGCUUGAUCGCAGCUCUCUUGACUUCAAUGCACACACAUUGUUGCAAUUCUUAAGCAAGUUUACAUUCUUUUCUGGCUCAAGGCUAGGGUAUUUCCCAGUGCUAGUCUUCAACUGGCGUUUCCAAUUUUGGGAGCCUAUAACUUGGCGGGGAAAGCUCAACAUAUAACUGUGGAGGCCUCGGCGUGACAGUGAUUUUCGGUGUGGUGUGUGCUGUAUUCUGCCGUUGUGACGGAACUUAGGUCUGAUUUCCUCGUCCCUUUUCAGCAUCACAAGUUAGCCACGAAACGAAGUGCCUGUCUACAGGGGUGAAGGCGACGAAGCUGUGAGCCCCUCGCAUGCAAGGUCUGCAGGUGUCCCAAGGUUCCUUCUCACGCACUAUCAUGGAUAUGGAGCUACAGUUCUAGAACUUAUUCCGUAUACAUUAGCAUUAAAGAAGAGUCGAUUGACAUCUGUGAGACACGGCAGAAUUUAAUGUUUUCAUUCCUUUUCGUUUGCCGUAACCUGAACCCCUCCAAGAGGUUUAGAGAGGCAACAGAAUGCGCGCUCAUGGAGAUCUACACUGAUUGAAGGCAACGCCAACGAGGAGGUCAAACACUUACUGAAGUCUACGACGUAAUCGAGGCAUCUGCAUGGCUGUGCUACUAAUCGAGCUGUGUCUGGGGCUGAUGGUUAUGUUGCAAAUAGUCUCUGCCCAGAGAGAUGACUUAAGUUGUUUGUUAGCCUUCAAGGCGUCCGUGGGAGAUCCAGAGGGACAUCUCUUAACAUGGACGAACACAACCUCCAGCCCUCGCUCGAUCUGCACAUGGUACGGAGUAACAUGCUACGGUAACAAUGCACCGCCUGUCUAUUUUAUCAAACUCUCGGGGUCUCGUCUCAACGGCUCCUUUCCGCAGGGAUUGAAAGGGUGCAAUGCACUUACCCGGCUAGAUUUGUCGGAUAACAGCUUUACAGGACCGAUUCCGAGCAAGUUGUGCUCCGACCUGCCCAAUCUGGUGGACCUCGACCUAUCCCGGAAUAACAUCCAGGGGAGCAUCCCCCCGAACCUCGCAGAAUGCAAGUUCAUGAAUGAUAUUCUGCUGAACAAUAAUCAGUUGUCUGGACCCAUUCCUGAGCAGAUAGGAUAUCUUAACCGCCUACAGAGGUUUGACGUGUCUAGCAACCGAUUGGAGGGGCUCAUUCCGAGUACUUUUGUCGAUCGACAAUUCGAGAAUCGCUCUGGUUUUGAUGCCAGCAGUUUUCAAAAUAACACAAGCUUGUGUGGACGUCCGCUGAAAAACAAGUGUGCGAAGGUUGGAGAGCGAAAGGGAGCAGGCGCGGGUGUCAUCGUGGGAGGUGCAGUUGGAAGCGCCAUCGCGGUGCUGGUCGUCGGGGCUAUCAUAUUCUGCUACAUUGUACGUAGGACAAAUAGAAAGAGCGCCACUAUGUUGCGAGAUGAGAGCAGGUGGGCAUCUCGCAUCAAAGCGCCCAAGACCGUCAUCAUCUCUAUGUUCGAGAAACCUCUGGUCAAGAUAAGACUGAGCGAUCUAAUGGACGCUACAAACGGAUUCAGCAAAGACAACAUCGUAUCGUCUGGCCGAUCCGGGGUUGUGUACAGAGGUGACUUCCCAGAUGGAUCCGUCAUGGCAAUCAAGAGAUUACAAGGCUCGGUACACACCGACCGCCAGUUUAGAGACGAAAUGGACACUCUCGGUGACCUUCACCACCGCAACCUCGUCCCCUUGCUCGGCUACUGCGUUGUUGGCCAGGAACGGCUCUUGGUCUACAAGCAUAUGUCCAACGGGAGCCUGAAAUACCGCCUCCAUGACGCAUUCGAGAAGGAGCCACUGGACUGGAAGACACGACUCAAAAUUGCAAUUGGUGCGUCGCGGGGGUUCGCAUGGCUUCACCAUAGCUGCAACCCACGCAUCAUCCACCGCAAUAUCAGCUCUAAUUGCAUUCUCCUUGACGAGGAAUUCGAACCCCGGAUCACCGACUUUGGCCUAGCACGUCUCAUGAACCCAGUUGACACACACAUUAGCACUGCUGUCAAUGGCGACUUCGGCGACGUGGGCUACGUAGCGCCGGAAUAUGUCCGCACUCUUGUAGCCACCAUGCGGGGUGACGUCUACAGCUUCGGCGUCGUGCUCCUGGAGCUCGUCACCACACAGAAACCCGUAGAUGUUGUCGUUGACCGUGACUUCAAGGGCACCUUGGUCGAGUGGGUCGGGAUGCUGGCCUCCAGUGGCUGCAUUGCAAAUGCCCUGGACUCAUCCUUGCGAGGAAGAGGAGCAGACGACGAAAUGUUGCAAGUUCUCAAGAUUGCUUGGUCAUGCGUGAAUGCCACUGCCCGGGAGCGACCUUCCAUGUACGAGGUCACGGGACUGCUCCGCGCUGUCGGCCAACGCUACAGCUUCAGCGACGACUAUGAUGAAUGUCCGGAGCUUCUCGAGACAGAGAGACGAGAGAACAAGCUUAUUGUAUCUGUAACAUAGACUGAUAUCAUUAGUAGUACCCUUAGAUUCCAGCAUUCUAUAUUGAAGCGACCUCUCUUCUGGGUUUAGGGAUAAGGUUUUGGGUCUAGAAACUAGAUGUAGAUGUAGAUGAGUGCAAACAAGGAUAUGCCAAUAGAUAACGUGAAGCUUUAGGGCAAGAUGAUUGUAAACUAAUGUUAAGUAAAGUCUGCUCUUACCAAAGAAUUGAAACCAUUA